AUGUGGAUGUUCCUGCUUGUGCUGUUUGGAGAGUCUGUCUCAACUGCAAAGAUUUACAGAUCCCACACUGAUACUCCACUCCCAUUGGACAUGGCUGAAAACUCUGUCGAUGACAUGUACGAAGGCUGCGAGAACAAGAUGGCGACCAAAGUAAAGACAGAGCUUUUGGCUAGAGAGAAAAAGAUGAGCAAAAAUUUUAGGCUGGCUUGGGACGAAGCGGCCAAGGCUGGGAAGAAAAAACCCAAAGUUCUGGAGAAAGAACAAAACAUGGCCGUCUAUGCUUACACUCUGGACAAACCAGAAAUAUUCACUGAAUUCAACAACGCGGUGCGAACGCAGAGGGCUCAGUACACGAGCACGUUUCAGUAUCACUCACUGCACUUCUUUCUGACGGGCGCUCUCAGAGCUCUCAGAGCUCUCAAUGCUCGUAAGCCAAACACAGAAAGAUGCCUUACCGGUUACCGGAGGGUCAACAGAAAAUUCGAGCUGGGCGUUCUUGGCAAAGAAAUCCGCUUUGGCGCUUUCACCUCGAGCUCGAUGGGAAAGUAUCCCCGCAAAGAAAAAUUUGGCUACGAGACCUGUUUCGGGAUUUACACCUGCUUAGGAGCAGACGUCUCACUGUACUCCAAGUUUGGAGAAUCAGAGGGAGAAGUCCUGGUUCCUCCAUAUGAAAUCUUUAAAGUUACAGACAUAAAGCAGAGAUCUGGGAACGAGGAGCUUCCAUGUAACGUUGUGUUGACACUGAAGAGCACAGAAAAGAUUCUGUCCAACCUAAACUGCACUUUUCAUUGA